AUGGCUAACCACUUUCGUAGGUCUCGUACAACACAAUGCCGGCUACUGCUAGGUCAGUCAGGAUUUGCUAGCGAAGUAACAGUAUAUAGCAACAUACGCGUCAAGAUCGGCAAGAACAGCUAUCCGAAUAAGAUACAUUCUAAUGCUAUCGAGGAAGCUGUCAAGCAUUGCGAGAAUGCAGAGCAAUUGCGUACGGAAGCUAUCGACCUUCGUACGACGAAGAAGAGGGACAAUCUCACAAAGGUCACUAUACACCUUCACCUGCGAGCUGGACAUCAUAGUCGCGUCUAG